AUGGUUUGUCCCAGAUGUAAGACGCCAGCAGCGAUUCCAACACUUGAAUUAACCCUGUACAUCAUAUUCUCGAUUCUCCGCGCAGCUUACAAUGUUACUCUACACCCACUCGCCAAGUUCCGCGGACCAAGUCUUCGUGCUGCCUUUUACUUUCCAGAAUUGUUGAGUUUGGCACGUGGUACGGCUGUUGAAGAGACAAAGGAUCUCCAUGAUAGAUACGGAGAUAUUGUACGGAUCACUCCAGAAGCACUGUCUUUUGACACAGCACAGUCAUGGCGCGAUAUUUAUGGCCUGCGCGAGGUUCGGCGUGAAGUUAGACGUGAUGAGAAAUGGCAUCUUGAUCAUGUUGGCAAAAGCAAUAUCAUAGUUGCGAAUGCUACAGAUCAUUCUCGCAUGCGGCGCACUUUAGCGCACGCAUUCUCUGAUGUGGCGCUGCGUGAGCAAGAAUCACUAAUGACAACAUAUUUUGAACAGCUCAUCGAAAAACUCCAGGAGAAAAUAGAUGGGUCAGCUGCUAGUCAUAUAGAUCUACGUGAUUGGUACAACUUUGUUACAUUUAACAUUAUCGGAGACUUGUGCUUAGGAGAGGCAUUUGGAACAUUGAAAUCUGGAAGCUAUCAUUAUUGGAUAGAACAAAUCCUCGUGGGACUAAAGUUCGUGGUUGUGAUAAGAUUUGCGCAGGCAUAUCCACUAUUUCGCAUCAUUCUGGCUCUACUGAUGAAUCUAAUUCCAGGCGUUAAAAAGCAAAAGCAAGUGCAUAUGGCCUACACAAUUGACAAGCUUGAAGCGAGAUUAAGGAAGAACACAGAUCAGAAGGACUUCAUCAGCUAUUGCGUUCGGAAGCGACAAUCCGAAGUCCGCAAAAAAUUCAAGACUGUCAAUGAUAUUAACAUGGUAUCUGUGAGAGACCUUCCAUAUAUAAACACGAUCAUCGAAGAAGCCUUACGGAUGUACCCCCCCCCCCCAACACCAUCUAUGCUCCCUCGUCGUACUCGCUCGGAGGGAGAGAUCAUAAACGGUACUUUCAUACCAGGUAACCGUAUCAUGCGGCAAAAAAACUUCGCCGACCCAGAUACAUUUGAUCCAGCUCGAUGGAGUACGGCUCCUCCAGAUAAAUAUAAGCAUGAUGACAAAGCUGCGUUUCAACCCUUCUCCAUCGGACCAAGAAACUGUCUUGGGAAGAAGUAA